AUGAAGACUUCUUUUGCGAUUGUUGUGGCGUCCGCUGCGGCGGUGAUGGGCCACGGCUUCGUGACCAACUUUACCACCGAUGCGAAGUAUAACCAGGGAUUCUUACUGGACUACUACUACCAGAAGGUCAACACCGGCUCCUUCCCUUCCAUCGCCGCCUGGUACGCCGAGAACCUCGAUUCCGGCUUCGUCGCUCCCAACGCCUACCAGACCGCCGACAUAAACUGCCACAAGAACUCUGCGCCCGGGGCUCUUACCGCGACCGUCAAGGCCGGCGGCACUCUCACCUUCUCGUGGGGCCCCAACGGGUGGCCGCACCCGUACGGUCCAAUCCUAGGCUACGUAGCUGCGUGCGAUGGCGACUGCUCCAAGGCCGUCAAGACGAACCUCCAGUGGGUGAAGAUCCAGGCAGAAGGCAUCGAUUACGCGAGCCAGGUCUGGGCGAGCCAGAAGCUAGUUAGCCAGGGAGGAAAGUGGACGUUGACAGUUCCCGCCUCGCUCAAGGCAGGAAACUACGUCUUUAGACAUGAGAUAAUUGCUUUGCAUGGCGCAAACUCGCCCAACGGAGCGCAGAACUACCCGCAGUGCUUCAACAUUGCGGUUACGGGAUCUGGGACUAAGACGUUGCCUGCGGGGACGCUGGGCACGGCGCUGUACAAGGCGGAUGACAAGGGCAUUUUGAUGAAUCCGUAUACUACUAUCACGAGCUAUGCGAUGCCGGGCCCGACGCUGUGGAGUGGUUAG